AUGUCAGGCUCGGGUGCGGGCAAGAAGCGCAAGGCGCCGGGAGACCCGGCGGACGACACGGCGCGCAACGUCAAGUCACGUCCGCUCGGCAGCGCCAGCAGUGACCAGCCGGACCUGGAGGCGUGGGCAAGCGUGCUGGAGGAGGCGAACGAGGCGCUGGUGGUUGUCCGCGCAGAUGAGCUCGACGACGACAGCAUCACCGCUGCCACGCGAUCCCUGGAAACGGCAGGCGUGGUCGUCAUCACCGACAUCUCGCGCGAGACCCAGGGCGCGGUUCUUGCCGGCCUUGCGCACGCCUUUGAUGCCAUGUUCGGCCACACCGAAGGCUACCUCGAGCUGCAAGAGACGCUGUCCGGAAAUCUGGCCGCUGUCGACGCCGCGGCCAAAGGCGAGGCCAAGGUUGAUGCCGCCUGCAUCGCGCUCCGCAAUCAGGUCAAAACCCGUCGCGCUGCCGAGGGUCACUGCAUAGCGUCGUUUUCGUACUUGCGGACCGCCCGGCCCAAGCCGAAGCACAGGCUGGUUGCCUCUGCGCCCGGCGAGUGGAUUCAUGGCGUCGAGCUCCACCACUCUGCCGCCUACCGCCUCGCCUUUGCUCGCCUCUAUGCCGAGCCCGGUCUCCACGCGGCUGUCAUGGCGAUGACUGGUGGCGACAUGGUCUCGCUUGACUCGGGCAUGGUCCGCUGUCGCGAAUCUGGCGUCGAUCGCAAGACCGUCGCCAAGUGCACAGUCGACCACACUGACAUGUACACCACCGGUGUCCGGCGGGUCCAAGCUAUCUUUUACGCCGCCGACCCCGGCAACAUCCACCUCGGCUUUGUUCCCGGCUCGCACCGCCUCGUCGCGCCAGGCAAAGCUUUCUCGGUCCCGUCGAUCCUCAAGUCCAAGGCCUCCUCCGCCCGCGCCCUCAUCGCCCGGCACAUGAUCGCUGGACCGGAGCGCUCGCUCGUCCUCUUUGUCCAGGGCGUCGUCCACGGGGAGCAUGUCUUUGCCGACCGCGACCAUCGCGACCUCUGGGUGGCGCCGUCGGUGGACAAUCCGAAGCUCCCGGCCAAGGGCGUCCUCACCGCCCGCCUCGCGUGUGGCGUCCAGGCGGCUUCCUACACCCAGGAGGAGCGCCGCGCCCUUGCCGCCUUUCUGGCCCACGAUCUCAAGCCCGAGUCGCUUGGUACCGCCAACAAGCACCACCCGACCAUCCACGCCAACACCACGUGA